GAGAGAAACAUGGCAUCUUUUGCAACCAUCGCCGCCGUUCAACCCUCCUCCGCCGUGAAAGGACUCGGAGGCAGCUCUCUCGCCGGAGCUAAGCUCUUCAUCAAACCUUCUCGCCAAAGCUUCAAACCCAAAUCCACAAGAGCUGGUGCUGUGGUGGCUAAGUACGGAGACAAAAGUGUAUACUUUGAUUUAGAAGAUUUGGGUAACACAACAGGACAAUGGGAUUUGUAUGGAUCUGAUGCUCCUUCUCCUUAUAACCCACUUCAGAGCAAGUUCUUUGAGACAUUUGCUGCUCCUUUCACAAAGAGAGGUUUGCUUCUCAAGUUUUUGAUUCUUGGAGGAGGCUCUUUGCUUACUUAUGUCAGUGCUUCUUCUACCGGCGAUGUUCUUCCCAUCAAGAGAGGUCCUCAAGAGAAGCCUAAGCUCGGUCCUCGCGGCAAGCUCUAA